GCGAUGCGCGGCUUCGUAGGCCCCAAGGACAUCUUCAGGAAUCCCGAGGCCAUUUUCCGCUUUUUCGAACCCUCCACUGGCACAGGAAAGAGCAAGGACAACGUCGACAUCACCCUCAGCAACAAGGUCAGAUGGGGCGUGGGCCCCAGCCCCUUCAACCUGGUCUUGUCUCACGCUGGGGACGACUUUGCAGUCAUGGGCAUGCACUUCAAGCUGGGACUCUACGAGCACCAAUCUGCUGGCGCGCUGGAGGGCGCCAUCUCGGCUUUGGUACAAAAUCCCGAGCUUUGUGCAGGUGGUGUUGAUGGCAUCGCUGGCAUCAACAUCAUCGCUUACGAGCCAGCCUUCGGCAUCAUUGGCGACCCGGCCAAGAAGGACCCCACGACGCGACAGUCGGCAGAUCACUCGAUGGCUUUCAUCGUGUCGCGCAUCCUGCAGAAGGCCCUGAAGAGUGGCAAGGUGCCUGGAGCAAUGGAUGAUGCCUGGAUGGAGCUCAUGCUGUCGCCCUACGAUUAUGGCAAGGAUGCCCUUUAUGAGAAGGACACCCGGGCGCUGAUGGAGAAGAUUUCGUUCUCGCAUGGCGGACCGGAGUACGAUGCCAAGUACCCUGAUGGCAUUCCCACUGCCAUUGACAUCACUCUCAAGAGUGGAAAGGUCAUUUCCAGUGGCAUGGUGAUGUAUCCCUCAGGGCAUGCGCGAAAUACCUCUGCAGACUUGAAGAAGAUCCUGCAGCACAAGAACCGAAUGUUGGGUGACAUCGUCUUCCCGGAAAGGAGCACCGUAGACAACUUCGUCUCUCGUGCUCUGGCUGAUGAGUGCAAAACCAACGGACCCUGA